UCUAAUUAAAUCCACCAAAAAAAAAAAACACGAUGAAUUCGACAAAAAACAGCGGCGAAGCAGCAAUCAACAUCUCCAAAUCCACCAAACACAAAGCCUUGGCUUACACAUCCGCAAUUCCGCUCCGGCAAGCUCCGUGGAAGAGAGGCGCCUCCAUUUUCGACUUCAUUCUCCGGCUAUGCGCGGCGGCGGCCGCCCUCGCCGCCGCCGCCACCAUGGGCACCACCGACGAAACACUCCCUUUCUUCACGCAGUUCUUCCAGUUCCAAGCCAGCUACGACGAUCUCCCCGCUUUCACGUUUUUCGUGGUGGCAAAUGCUAUUGCUAGUAGCUACCUAGUUCUAUCAUUGCCUUUCUCCAUUAUUGGAAUUGUUCGACCUCAAGCAGCAGGAAUCAAGCUUCUUCUUCUCAUCUUCGACACGGCGGUGGCGGCGUUUACCACGGCGGCGGCGGCAGCAGCGGCGGCGAUUGUGUACCUAGCGCACAACGGCAACUCGACGGUCAAUUGGCUAGCCAUCUGCCAGCAGUUCACCGAUUUCUGCCAGCGUGUGAGCGGCGCGGUGGUGGCGUCGUUCAUCGCCGCCGUAAUCCUCAUCUUCUUGAUCGUGCUUUCCGCGGUGGCGCUGCGCAGCCACUGAUUUUCAGGAGCUUGUUUGUCUAGUUUGUUUUUCCACUUUAAUUUCUU